AGGGCGCAGGGCAGGAGGGUCCCACCCCGGGUGCCCCUCACGCUGCAGCCCCCCGGGAACGUGGCUCCGGGCGGGUCUGGGGGGCACAGCUUGGCUUAGCUCUAGAAAGCGGGCUUGCUCCUGCAAGGCACAGCAAUGGUCACAAGCCACAGGACCCCCAGCAGCUGCCUCCCAUCCAAAUGGGCAAAAAAAAAGCAAAUUAAAAUGAAGCACCUUCCCCGCGUUGCUUUAGCAGCACCUCACGCCAGGGGUGCACUCCGGGGUCCCGGGGCUGCGCGCAGCUCCCACGCUUCCCACCAGAGGUGGCUGCCAUGGAAAAGCUCAGCUCUUCCCUGCGUCCGGGCAGCAGCACUGUCACAACGCGCACGGAAAGCGGGACCGAAAAAGCAGCAGGAGCAUCUACCCCGGUGACAGCCAGUCCCAGACACACUGGGACUCUGCACACACCAUCCUGCAGUGCUGCUGUUUUCACGGUGCAUGCUGCCUGUGCACACAAAGCACGCGCACCUGCUGGUGCCCACACAUCUGUGUUCCACCUAUGCCCACAGAUGUUCCUGGCCUGUUUUAGAGCAGGCAAGACAAAAACUUAAGCAAGAUGCUACCUUGUGGGGACCCCACCUGAGGGGCUCCAGGCAGGAAGGCUCCACGUGUCCCCUUCCUCCUGCAUUAGGGGAGCACAGCCCCUGCAAAGACCCCUCUGCUCUCCAGGCUACCUGCUGACAGGGUCCUAACAGCCAAGCCCCCACAGAACCCCCCCUGGCCUUCAGCAGCUAGCCACAGCCCACAAUCACUGCCUCGUGCUUAAAAAGAAGCAAACAAAAGCCCCUCCCUCUCCCAAACUAGCUUAAAUAGGAAAUUAGCUUGUUAAUGAAUUACCAGAACUAUAAAACUGCUACAAGCAUCACUGGCAAAAAAAAAAACAGUGGGACUUUUAAAGAGAGUUUCUAUAGAAGCUAAAGGUAAAGAAUGUUUCUUAGUCUAUUCUCUUAACAUGUACUUCAUAUUUCUCACAUACCAAUAUGCUUAAAUUGUGUUUAAGGAAAAGGUAAUUUAGUCUCUUAAAGAAGACUUUUGUUUUAAACUGACCAUAUAGUCCUCUAUUGCAGUAACUUCAGGAGUUUUUUUUUUUCUCUACUUGUAAUGUAUUUGCUCUAAAAAUGGUUUUAGGUCACAGCAGUUCUCCUUUCCCUGUGGGGGUGGCUGGAAGGCAGCUGCUGACUGAGCUAGUGGUGAGAGCUUCCCUCCCAGCUAGAAGGGGAGCACGAAGGAAGCUCCUGCCCAUGGAGGAGAAGGCCAACGGUGUGUCAUAUGCAACCUGCUGGGGGGCCUGUCCCCAGGGACCUUCUCUGGCGCCCUGUGAGGGCUGCAGGACACCACAGGUCUGCAGGUGGAGGUUACCACAUGUGGAACUAAACAUAAGAUGAGAGCUGUUUCUCAGUCUCUCCUAUCCUAACCAGAUCAGGUUUAUCCUCAAAGGAACUCAACUCUAACUGGGGUUAAUAGUCCUCUGACUUGAGGAAUGAAGAUAAAGUGUCUCAUCUCUAGGGAAAACAAGCACUAUCUUAGUACCACUAACUGCUGGAAAGGUUUACUAAGACUCUCUAUACCCCAUACAAAGUUAAGAGUAGUGGUAUACAGGCUGAGGCUGAAUAAAUACAGCUAUAGAGAGACUCCAUGAUGACCUCCAAGCAAUGAACUGCCUGUGGUACAGUGGUGCUCUAGAAGAUAAUGACAGGCUGGAUGCUCACCUACUUGUCCUAGAUCCUGCUCAGCUCUUCAUUCUCCCAAGUAAGACUAAGCCAGGAUUUUGCAGAGAGCAGUCUUGCUACUUUAGGUGCACAAUUUGCUAGUGAACAGUAAUAAACAGAAACAUGUUUAUUCUGACAGGGGUGUUCUGGUUUCCAUAGGCCUGACAGUGGUGGAAUUCUGCACCAUGUCUACCAAGAGGGACAGUACCAGCAUCCCAAUCAUAAAGGAUAUCCUAGAAAAGGGAUUUAUGGCUGGGGCCUCCAGCCAUUCCCAUUCUUCUCCUGUCCACGCUUACUAUGUGGACUCAGACACCUGGGAGCUUCUCAUGGACUUGGAGAAUGCAACAAAAAGCAGCUCUCUGUGUGCCGUCAAGCAGUCAGAAUCUCCGAAUAGCUGUGUGAAGACCAACCUGCACAACCUGACCCAGGGCAUCUCUGACCCCAGUCUUGUCUGCUUCUGCAAGAACCACCGUGACCUGGCUGCCUUUGACCUGUCUGGUUUGCCCUGUGAGCACCCCAGCAGAGCCGGCUGCCUGAUGGAUAUGGUGUCCCGUAACACCUCCACACCAUGCAAGAAGGAGCACCCCAAAGAGCUGGAGAGCCUGCUCUCCAAGAGCACCGACCUUGCUGGUGACCUCUCAACCCUUGGGAAGAUACCAGCACCCGGAUGGGAGAUCUCAGCAAUAAAAGCCCCGCUGGAUACCAGCCUGUCCCUUGAUGCAAGCACCGAGGAGUUACGGUUACAGGACAUGCCAGCCCUGGAGACCUCUGUAGUAGCUCCUCUGGCUUGGCCUGGUGCCUUGAAGCAGCACCCUGCGCUGCUGCACAGGCCUGCCACCCUGGACACCCAGCCGGGUGACCCUGAGCCCACCCCUGGGUGUCUGCACCAGGCUCCGUGAGGCCUGGCUCAGCGCGGCGGGGCUGCCAGCCAUGCUGCGGCACCGCUGCUGGGCCCCCCUGCCCUGCCCGGGGCCGCUGGCAUC